AACAAUAAAUAUUACUCAUAUUAUUAUUUGAAAAUGUUUCCAACAGUAUUAAGAAUAUUUUUACAACCUUCCUUACGAAAAAUGUGCACAAAUCUUGGUAAAUUUUAUAUAAGACCACGACAAGUUUGGAUUGAAGAUUUGGUAACAGAAAAAAAAGUAGGAUUAAUAAGUUUACAUGCAGAUAUAUUUGGAACCUAUCCUCGUAUUGAUAUAAUUCAUGAAAAUAUCACUUGGCAACGACUUUAUCGUCAUAUAUCUUAUGCCAAUACAAAAAUUAGUGUUGAGGUUCGAGGUGGUGGCCGUAAACCACAUGCACAAAAAGGAUUAGGUAUAGCUAGACAUGGAAGUAUAAGAUCUCCAUUAUUUCGUAAAGGUGGUAUUUCACAUGGUCCUCGGUCACCGACACCUUAUUUUUAUAUGCUGCCAUUUUAUAAUCGUAUUUUGGGUCUUACAAGUACUUUAUCAGUUAAACUUGCACAGGAUGAUUUAUAUAUAGUGAAAGAACUUGAAAUACCAAAUGAUGAUCCAUCCUUUAUUUUAGAAUUAUCUGAAAAAAGAAAUUGGGGCCCAUCUAUCCUGUUUGUUAAUAGUAAUUCUACUUUACCACAAAAUAUAACAAUAGCAACAAAUUCUAUAAAACAUAUCAAUUUAAUGCCUGCUUAAAUGUGUAUAGUAUGCUGAAACAUGAUACAUUAGUUUUAACAGUACAAGCAGCUCAACUUUUAGAAGAAAAAU